AUGGAAGAGCCACCCUACGACCCCGAAUGCCCCAUGGGGACGACCACGAUCGUCUAUCAAUACAAACUCGAAAACUGUCCCGGAAAGACCAUCGUCGGCAUGCUCGUCGAAUAUCCUCCGAACGGCGCAACCCCACCUCAUCGCCACGGGGGCGCGUCGGUCUCCGCCCAUGUCCUCCACGGCACUCUGUUGAACAAAAUGAACGACGAGCCGAUGAAGGUGAUGGGGAAAGGCGAUGCCUGGCAUGAGGCGCCUGGAUGUCAUCAUAAGAUUGGCGCAAAUGCCAGCAAGACUGAGCCAGCGGCCUUCUUCGUUACUUUUGUGCUUGACACUGAGGCGCUGGAGAGGGAGGGGCCGUCUGUGCUGGUCCAGAUUGAUGAGGAGUAUAAGGACAUCGUGGCGAAGAAGAUCAGGGAGAAUAAAUGA